GAAUUCUUACGCUCAAACCCUACUCUCUUAACUUUGUCAUCACUCCAAUUAGUUUCUUCUCUUCCAAAAUCUCUAGCCUUUUACAAUAGAAGCUUAUCCGAAUAUUUUCGAAAAUAAAGGAAUUAUUCUCCAUUUGCUGAAGUUUACUCAGUUCUCAGGGUUUUCUUUAAGCUCCAUCUGAUAAAAAAAUUUAUACCUGGAGAGUGAUCAGUUGAAAAUGGCCAAAAAAGGGCUGAAAAGAUACAAAUUGUUCUUCGUGUUGGAGUUCAUGUUUGUGUUCUUGAAUCUGUAUGCAUGCAAAGGAUUUGAAGUUGAGCUACUUUUGUCUUUUAAAGCUUCAAUUAACGAUCCGAUGGAGUCUCUGAGCAGCUGGAAUUCCUCUCUCUCUUUCUGCAAAUGGAAUGGAAUUACCUGUUAUGAUUCGUCUCAUUUAGUGAAAAUCGAGCUUCCAGGGAAGAAUUUGUCUGGAAAAAUUUCAGAGAGGAUUUUCCAGUUGCCAUAUAUUCGGAAUAUUGAUCUUUCCAGCAACCAGUUCUUUGGGGAAAUUCCAGGGAAUUUGUUGUCGUGUUUUUCGCUCAAGAGUCUCAAUCUAAGCAAUAAUAAUUUGACUGGUCCAAUUCCAGGAGGCAUAUCUCUUCCACUUCUUAAAACAAUGGAUCUCUCCAACAAUAUGCUUUCAGGAAGAAUCCCAGAAGAAAUUGGACUUUUUUCAGGCCUUGAAGUUCUUGAUUUUGGUGGGAACAUUUUGACGGGAAAAAUUCCAAACUCCAUUAUAAAUAUGACAAACUUGAAGGUCUUGACUUUGGCAUCAAAUCAAUUGAUUGGGGAAAUUCCAGGAGAAUUAGGGUUCAUGAAGAGUUUGAGAUGGAUUUAUUUGGGAUAUAACAAUUUCUCUGGUGGAAUUCCCAAGGAAAUUGGUGAUUUAACUUCCUUGAAUCAUCUUGAUCUUGUUUACAACAAUCUGACAGGUGAAAUCCCUUCAUCUUUAGGUAAUCUAACCAAUCUUCAGUAUCUUUUCCUCUACUUCAAUAAAUUCAUAGGUCCAAUUCCAAGAUCCAUUUUCAAUCUCAAGAAAUUAACUUCACUUGAUUUAAGUGACAAUUUCUUGUCAAGUGAAAUUCCUGAAGUGGUUAUUCAGUUGCAAAAUCUUGAAGUUCUCCAAUUGUUUUCGAACAAUUUUACCGGUAAAAUUCCAAAUGCUUUAACUUCUUUACCUCACCUCCAAGUUCUGCAGUUGUGGUCAAAUAAACUUUCCGGGGAAAUACCUAAAGACCUUGGGAAGUAUAAUAACCUCACUGUAUUAGACCUUUCAUCGAAUAACCUAACAGGAAAAAUCCCAGAAAAUCUUUGCUCUUCCGGACACCUUUUUAAGCUAAUCCUCUUUUCGAAUUCCCUGGAAGGUGAAAUCCCUAAGAGUUUAAGCAAUUGCAGAACUUUACAACGCAUCCGCCUUCAGAACAACCGGCUCUCCAGUGAAUUGUUCCCUGAAUUUACCAGCCUCCCUCUUGUUUACUUUCUUGAUAUUUCCGGGAACAAUCUCUUUGGCUCAAUUGGUGAAAGGAAAUGGGAUAUGCCAGAACUUCAAAUGCUAAGCCUGGCAAGAAAUAGAUUUUCGGGGCACUUGCCAGAUUCCUUCGGCAGCAAGAAGAUUGAGAACCUGGAUUUAUCAGGAAAUAAUCUUUCAGGAAGCAUUCCUCAUGGUUUUGGGAAAUUUUUGGAAGUUAUGGAACUGAAAUUAAGUGAAAACAAGCUCUCAGGUAACAUUCCUGAUGAUUUAUCUCUAUGCAAAAAGCUUGUGAAUUUAGACCUCAGCCAUAAUCUGCUUACAGGGGGAAUUCCUAUUAGUCUUUCUGAAAUGCCAGUUCUUAGCCAGCUUGAUCUGUCUGUAAACCAGCUAUCAGGCGAAAUCCCCUCGAAUCUAGGCAAGGUACAAUCACUUGUUCAAGUAAAUAUUUCCCACAACAAUUUUUACGGAAGUCUACCCUCCACCGGGGCGUUUAUUGCCAUCAGUUCUUCCGCGGUGGCUGGAAACAGCCUCUGUGGUGGAGAAACAAGUGGUUUGCCACCAUGUUCCAAUGUUAAAAGUCGGGUUCCCUGGUUAUUGUUGGUCUGUCUUCUUGUUUCCUCUGUGUUGGUUGUUCUUGCCAUUUCCAUUGCUGUUUUCAUUCGUCAAAAAAAGAAAGUCGAGUUGAAGAGAAUUGAAAGUGAAGAUGGAACUUGGGAAUUACAGUUUUUGAAUUCCAGGAUUUCGAAAUCAAUAACUAUCGAGGCUAUUGUUUCAUCUAUGAAGGAAGAAAAUCUCAUUUCCAGGGAAAAGAAUGGAGCUUCAUACAAAGGAAAAUCAACUACAAACAACAUGCAUUUCUUGGCCAAGGAAAUCACUUCAUUUUCAUCCAAGUCUUCGACAGAUAUAACAGAAUUAUGUAACCUUAAACAUCUAAACAUCGUGAAACUACAUGGGAUAUGUCGGUCAGAAAAGGUUGGAAUUUUAAUUUAUGAAUACAUUGAAGGCAAGGAUUUGCAUGAAGCCCUUCCAGGCCUGAGUUGGGAAAGAAGACAUAAAGUUGCCAUUGGAAUCGCUAAAGCUCUUCGAUAUUUGCACUGUUAUUGUUCAACAGGCAUCCUGGCAGGUGAUCUUUCGCCUCAAAAAAUUAUCGUCGAUGAAAAUGACGAAGCCCACCUGAGAUUGUGUAUUCUGGGACCAGUUUAUGCCGAUAACACGUGUUUCAUUUCUUCGGCCUACCUUGCUCCGGAAACUCUAGCAUCCAAGGGCAUGACAGAGAAGAGUGACAUCUAUGGAUACGGCCUUGUUCUGAUAGAACUUCUGACUGGAAAAUCUCCGGCCGAUGACUCGGGGUUCGGAAUCCACAAAAGCAUUGUUGAAUGGGCUAGAUAUUGCUACUCAGAUUGCCAUCUUGAAAUGUGGGUUGAUCCAACCAUCAAGAAUCAUGCAGUGAUGAAUAAUCAAAAUCAAAUUGUUGAGAUAAUGAAUCUUGCCCUUCAAUGCACUGCGACUGAUCCUGCAGCCAGGCCCCGUGCAAUUCAUAUAGUCAAAACCCUAGAAUCUUCUUUGAAAUCGAGUUUUUGUGGAUUUGAACUUAUUUCUACCAAUGUGUAGUUUUGUGGGCAUUUUUUUUUUUUUUUAGCCUUUUAUUAUUAACCUUUUUUCUUUGAUCUUUUUCUGUAUAAGGGUCAAGUUGAAUGUUGUUUUAAUCAGAGUCUCAGCAACAGUGGCCUAAAUUCUCCAUUGGUGUUGUGUCUAUGAAUCUCUUUAUUAAUAUAAAUAUUGUAGACAAAAUGGGAUUUUAAUAUAUGAAGUACAACCUCUAUUAUGGA